UUUAAAUAUUUUUUACGCUUUAAUGAGGUUGAUGGGGAGUAGCUUCCUACUACUGUUCCCUGCCAGAGGAAAGAAAGAGGCUGUAGGAUCAAUCCUCAGCAGCAGACCCGCUGAAAACGCUGAGGGGAGAAAAAAUGUCGAACGAAGAAUCAAUUCCGUCGAAUUGGAGAAAGACUAUAAGUGAAAACAUGCUUUUUGGAAUGGGAAAUCCCUUGUUGGACAUCUCAGCUGUCGUAGACAAAGAUUUCCUUGACAAGUUUGGGCUGAAGCCAAAUGACCAGAUCCUUGCUGAAGACAAACACAAAGCCUUAUUUGAAGAAAUCGUCAAGAGAAACAAAGUUGAAUACCACGCCGGUGGCUCUACCCAGAACUCAGUGAAAAUCGCUCAGUGGAUGCUCCAGAAACCACACAAGGUGGCUACCUUCUUUGGGUGCAUUGGGAAAGAUAAUUUUGGCGAGAUCCUGAAGAAGAAGGCAGAGGAAGCCCAUGUGGAUGCCCAUUACUAUGAGCAGAACGAAGAGCCGACUGGUACCUGUGCAGCCUGCAUCACUGGAGACAAUAGGUCCCUUGUUGCUAACCUGGCAGCGGCAAACUGCUACAAAAAGGAAAAACACCUGGACUUGGACAGCAACUGGGAGCUGGUGGAGAAAGCCAAGGUCUAUUAUAUUGCGGGUUUCUUCCUGACUGUUUCUCCGGAGUCGAUCCUGAAGGUGGCAAAGCAUGCUUCGGAAAACAACAAAAUCUUCUGCAUGAACCUCUCGGCACCAUUCAUCAGCCAGUUUUUUAAAGAGCCGCUGAUGAAGGUGAUGCCGUAUGUUGACAUCUUGUUUGGCAACGAAACGACGGAUGACAUUGCGGUGAUCGCACACAGGACCCAAGAACUCCCCAAGGAGAACUCAAAGAGGCAGCGAUUGGUGGUCUUCACCCAGGGCAAGGACGACACUGUUGCAACUGUUGGUGAUAAGGUGACCAUGUUUCCUGUGUUGGACAUCGACCAGAAUGAAAUUGUGGAUACCAACGGAGCAGGGGAUUCAUUUGUUGGAGGAUUCCUAUCUGCACUGGUCCAGGAGCAGCCAUUGGAGGAGUGUAUCCGGGCUGGACACUAUGCAGCUAACGUCAUCAUCAGACGUGUGGGAUGCACCUUCCCAGAGAAACCCGAUUUUCACUGAUGGAUCCAAACUUUCAUUCCCACAAGAUGCUUACUGUACUGAUUUGUAUUCUUCAGGGUUUCGCCAUUUUCGAUUUCCUGUGACUGACGUUAUCAUAAUAAAUGCUGGAGCCUGACUGUCUUAUCAGGCUCUAAUAAGCAAAUAAGACAUUGUAAUUUAAUUUAAACCACGUUUUAGCUUUGCAUAUUGAAUGGUGUUUAUCUGUAAAGCCAUGUUCAUACAUAAGAUUGAAUUAGUAACAUAAACUGUAUAUCGUUCCAUUGCCUUUUAUUUUCAUGUGGUAAUUUGAAGGUACUCUACAAUAUAGUGGAAAUUUAUGGAAGAAACUAAAAAAGUGAUCAUACUGUGGGAACAUUUCAAUAUUAUCUCAGGAGAGUGAUUCUAAGAAUAUGGUUUCUUGCUCCCUUCACCACUUGUGACCACGAAAGGCAAACAAACAGCCUUACAAUGCUUUUCUCAACUGUUGCUUACAAAUUCUUUGAAAUGUUAUUGAUUAGCCAGUCACUAGUGGCUGACUUCUUCUGUGUUUGACUUUAUGAGCCCUGAGGUGAUUUUAGUGAUGCAGAAGAAAUGUGUUUACGGUUAUAUCCACAUAAAUCGGACCCCCUGUUGAAAAUUUGUAAAAAAAAA